CAGAGAUCUUUUGGCUGUUGGUCCGAAACCCCUCAGUAGCAGCAAAACUGGCAUAUCCUCAUGGAAGAUCCCAAAGGAGUCGUGUAGGGUUUUCCUCGCAACCAGAAGGUCUGUUAUACUCAAGAUUGUGUUCGCUAUCGAAGCUCAUGACGCGCUUUUGUUCUUCACGCAAUGUACGCACUCUCUAAACAUCUCGCAUCAGUAAGAACCCAAAAUUACCCCAUGCUACCAAAGUUCUCCCUCAGAGCCCAUAAAGCGCCACUCACUUGCCUAACGUGCCAUCAGGAUAAACUUGUAUCGUCAGACCGCGAUGGAUUUAUCAUAAUCUGGAACCUUACCUCGCGAAGGCCCAUGGCACUAUGGAGGGCUCAUGAUGGCCAUAUUCUCACGUUGAAACUGUCGCCAAUGGGCCUCAUUUCCCACGGAAGAGACUCUAUGAUAAGGAUCUGGGACUUGAGCCUGGAAUAUUUGAAGACAUGCUCAGAAAACAUGUCGGACAUCGCAGCAUUAGGUGCUAAGUUAAACCCACUGCUCCCUCAGCCGAUACAUGCUGAAAUCCCAGUGAAUGCUCUCAACUUUUGCAACGUAGACUUCUGUGAUGGAAUGAUGAUAACACCAGCAACUGUUGACUCGGAUAACUUUGAUAUAUACGAGGUGAGCGAUCCAUUUGGCCUGUUCAAUUUCAAGAGAGUGCUCCAGAAUAUUUCUCCCCUGAGCCUCCUGCGAAGCGAACAUCUUAUAGAGGAAAUUGGGGCCUCCCAGCAUCAAGACAAACGGGGAGGAAAUGGAGUAAUCAUGCGUACAUUGUUUGUGGAGCGAAGUCUUUUUUUCGUGGGCUACGAGUCAGGUGCCAUCUAUGGCUUUUCGAUAGAACAAAAUAACCAUGAUAAGGCCUCCGUAAAAGAGCGUUCCAUUAUCUUCAAAGACUGUAACCUCUCGAUUGUGUUCAGCCUGCACGAACACAAUCCCCUGCCUAUAUUAUCAUUGGUGCUAAACUCAGCAACCUCAGAGCUAUAUACUGGAUCUGCCUCCAAAAAGCUCAUUUGCUACAACGUCAGGAAUUUGCUAGACAUAAAAUUCAAGCAAGAUGAGAAUACCUCAAAUUUCACACCGCACAACCUCAGGCAUUAUGGUAUUCAGUGUAUACAGAUUACAAACAAAAUGAUAUUGACUGGGUUCUGGGAUGGGGUUAUAAAGGGGUUCACGAAUGAUUUCGAGGAAGCUACACGCUUAGAACGAAAAGAAGAAUCAAUAAGACCAGAGCACGACGGCGAAAUUUCGAAGCCGGCAAAGAAAUCUAUAUGUAUGGAGAUUUGGGCUCCUUGUUUUCAGAAUUCGAGUGUUUCGUGUUUCAAUGGCCGGAAAAAUACACUUCGGAGAGCUGCCACAGGCAAAGAUACACUUUUAUUUGUCGGUUACGGUGACGGACUUAUAACUGCUUUCAAGGGAAUCAAUUGAAUAUCUAUAAAAGGAGCGUUGUGAUGAAGUUCUAAUCUUUGUAGUCAACCCUGAUGUGUUUCUUCAACUCGAGCGGGCAGGUGUUGUUCCCCGGCCCCCACAUUGUAGUUGUUAUUGUUCCCCCCGUAGAACAGUUUGCGUUUACUGUUUCUUCUUUGAUUGUUUGUGUUCGCAUUUUGGGUGCUCAAGUGGUUGUGUCCACCACUGCUACUGGCCCUGGAUUGCGUCGUACUUGGAGCACGUUGAGGGUUGUUUUGCAGACCACUCAGAUAUUGUCUUCCCACAGAGCUGCUCCUCAGAUUCAGACCAUGUCCUUGCCCAUAUGAGCUGUUUCUCUUCAGCAGCUGACGAUGUAAAUUGGGGUUGCCACUAUCAGUAGAGCGUGUUUGUUG